AUGGCCAUCGAUACCCUUCGUCAACGUUAUGACACCGCUGGCCAAGGCCACCUCUUCAAGUUCUGGUCAAAACUCUCUGCCGCUCAACAGGAUGAAUUAAAGGCCCAGUUGGAGUGCCUCAAUAUCGAGCGUGUUAACCGUAUCUAUUCCAAAGCGGUCACUUCUGAGGCGGAAGCCCUCAACCCAACCACAACUGUUGAUCCUAUUCAACCUUUACCCAAAGGCGCGUCCGAAUCUGUUAGCGAUCCUGCUAAAGUCAAGGAAUGGCGAGAGCGCGGAUUGAAGGCUAUUUCUGAAGGGCAGGUCGGCGUGCUGCUCAUGGCGGGCGGUCAGGGGACUAGACUGGGAAGCAGUGCCCCUAAAGGAUGCUAUGAUAUUGGCCUUCCUUCUCACAAAUCGCUUUUCCAAUACCAAGCAGAACGGAUUGCCCGUUUACAGACUCUAGCAGAAUCUGAAUUCUCCAAACCUGCCGGAUCGGUUAUCAUCCCAUGGUACGUCAUGACCAGCGGGCCGACGCGUCGCGACACUGAGGACUUCUUCAAAACCAAUGGCCACUUUGGUUUGGACCCUAAGAAUGUGGUAUUCUUCGAGCAAGGAACCCUUCCUUGCCUUACUAUGGAGGGCAAAGUCAUCCUUGAAACCCCUUCCAAAGUCGCUGUUGCACCAGACGGCAAUGGCGGUCUUUACGCUGCCACGCGCUCCCCCCUGUCUCCCGGAAAGACCGACACUGUGCUUUCCGAUCUUGCGAAGCGUAAAAUUCUCUACGUGCAUGCAUACUGCGUCGACAACUGCCUUGUUCGCGUGGCUGACCCUGUUUUCCUCGGGUACAGCAUCAACAAGCAAGCCGAUUGUGCCGCGAAAGUUGUUCCCAAAACCCACCCUACAGAAUCCGUCGGCGUCGUUGCAUGCCGUGGCAAUAAAUUCAGCGUUGUGGAGUACUCCGAAAUAUCGAAGGAACAAUCUGAGCGUCGCGAUCCCGAAACGGGAGAGUUAACUUUCCGCGCUGGAAACAUUGCGAAUCACUUCUACACCACCGCAUACCUGAACAAGGUGGAAUCAUUCGAAGAGGAUUUGGCAUUCCACAUUGCCCGCAAGAAGAUCCCCUACGUGGAUUUGGAGACAGGGGAAACUAUUAAACCGAAUAAGCCUAAUGGCAUGAAGCUCGAGAUGUUUGUCUUCGACGUCUUUCCUUACACCGAGCGUUUCGCCGUGUUGGAAGUGGACAGGAAGGAGGAAUUUAGCCCUCUAAAAAAUGCACCUGGAACUGGUUCAGAUGACCCGGAAACCAGUCGUCGCGACCUUUUGGCCCAGCACAAGCGAUUCCUGGAAAACGCUGGAGCCAAGGUUGCUGAAGGUGUUGAGAUUGAAAUUUCACCACUGGUGAGCUACGCCGGCGAGGGACUGGAAAGUAUCAAAGGCAAAACUUUUCAAAAAUCAGGGCCAGUUGCAGCUGUCGAGGAACUGGAAGUGUUGGCAUAG